AUGCACGCCCUCCGGGUAGAGCCGCCCUCCGAGUCGCCCUCCGAGGAGAAGACGGAGCCUUUUUCACAGAGUGAGAUUGAUACUCGGCUGAGGAGUUUCAGAGUUGAGGAGGCCAACAGCGCCGCUGCCCUGAGCGAGAACGGCACCGUACAUUUGGACGACCUAGUAGUGCCCCAGGACAAGGGAAUUCGCAUCCUAGUUCGACCGUUGACUCGGUCACGGUCCGUCAGUCCCGGAAAUCAUGACAAUUGCGAGUGGCUAGCAUUGCGGGCCGAGGUGGCCAGGCCGGAGCAGCCGGAACACAAGGUGCUCGCCGUGACGCAGACGAGCAAGGACAUCAAUUUCUCAGUUCGCAUCCCAGGGGAGACGGUCGACCAGAGAAUGCGGCGGCCGUUGUGGUGCGAGUUGUACUAUGACCCCGCCAGUGACAACCAGAUCUUCCUGAAUCGGUCAGAUAUUCCCAUCGCCUUGACAAGAGUAUCGCAGCAUCCCGCGGCGAGUCCUGGCAUGGAAUACACUGUGAAUCCAGGCACGACCAAGGCCCUCAUCCCAGGGACAUGGCGAAUCAAGGCCGACGAGACAGAUGUGCUAGAUUUUAGGAUACUGGAAAAGCGCCCUGCCACUCUGGGACUCCCUUCCGGAUCCUCAUCAACAUCGUCCCUAAGCGACAUGGUCAAUCCGUCCGGGAAAAGGUCUUUCGUGGCGGAUGAUGAAGGUGGUGGUGACAAUUCUGGGCCAGACAAGAAGCCUCGAACAACAGAGACCACCGCCCGCACAGACGAUGGCGUUGUCAUGUUCAUGCGGCCAGGUGUUACCAACAACCCGCUUGUAUUCCCUCUACCCACUGCUGCCAGGAGCAAGGACCUCGUAGGCGCCAAUGGUCAUCCCAUCUUGGAGAUGCAGAAGGAUGAUAUCGUUAACAUACCAGGCGGCUGCGAGAUCGACACAUAUCAGCUGAAGAAGAAGGAUCCUAUAGCAUCCACGGCCCUCAGUUCCGUCUUCACUGGCGAGCAUUCUGACGUGCCGGAUAAUAUUAUCACCGUCAAAGUCUUGAAGACUCGGCCCGCGAACAAUGUAGCACUCAUUAAGCCGCAGGAAACCGAGCGAAACGUCAUUCGGCAGGCUGAUAUCUGGUUGCGGGAGUAUCAAAUGCAGGAGCAUUUACAGCACGAUUCCAUUGUGCGUCUCUAUGGUGGCGACGCACGCUACCUCAGCUUGUACAUGGAGCACAUUGAUGCGCGUGACCUGUCAGCGAAGGGCAUGUGGCGUACCAACAAUGGUGAUUACUUCACAGGCACGCGAGCGGACGCCACGCGAAUCCUGCGCGACAUAGCGGGUGCCCUGAACUACAUCCAUGGCCGAAACCUGGUACACAAUGAUAUUAAGCCGGCGAAUAUCCUGUAUAACCGUGAACGAGGUGCUGUGCUAUGCGACUUUGGGUUAUCUACGCAAUCUAACAAGCCCGCCACAACCGGUGGCACGCCGUACUAUGUGCCGCCAGAGUUCAUCGGGCGCAAGCUUCGGGGCGCACCGAGUGACGUGUGGGCGCUAGGUAUUACGAUGCUAUACGUGCUCCGAAAGAUCUCCUUCCCGGACGCACGUGGCAGACAGACACAUGCGCGACCGCUAUAUUGGAUGAUCGCGGACCUUAACCGACCCAUGCACCACCGCUCAACUGCUGCCGGGGGAUCUUCGGCUCCGAGUGCUGUUCAGCAAAUGCAAGUAUGGUUGAGCGAGAUUAACGAAGCCAAAGACCGACUCAACCCGGCCGAUAAACUGGAGAGACUGGUGGCGGAGAUGCUGAUUCCCAACCCUAACCAGAGAAUUACGAUGAGACGGCUCAUGGCAGAGCUUUUUUGUGAUGCAGACAAAGCCGGCUGA